GAGAGAGAGAGAAGGUUCUGUUUUGGUCUUCUUCUUCAUCAUCUUCGUCCUGAACUCAUGCAUCCCUGGCCCCUCUUUAAUCAUGAGUUUCCUUUUGCCAUCAUUACCUUCAAAAGCCUUAUCUUUUUUUCAUCUCUCCCUUUCUCUUUCUCUCUAUCUCAAAAGACACAACAGCUUUGUAGAUCAUCUACUAUAUAAUGCUUACUCAGUUCUUGUGCGAAAUAAAACUAUGAGAUGUGUCUGAAAUCUUCAGAGCCACCAUUCUCAGACACUCAGACAUUAACGAUGAGAUCAGCUUCGCACCAUAGCAAACGAAAAUCUAAGAAACAAAUUCAUAUUCGUAUCCUCAAUCUCAACAGAAGGAGAAGAGUACUGAGAGAGGAAAAUAAGGAGAUGGAGAUGAGAAACUUCAAGCUUCUCGUAGAGAAUCAAAGCAUCAUACGAGAGAACGAGGCUUUGAAAAAGAAAGCUCUCCUUCUCCACCAAGAAAACAAUGCUCUGUUCGCUCUGCUUCAUCCAAAACUCUCCCCUCUCUCCACCUCCUUCCUCUUGUUAUCUUCUUCGUGAAUCUUGUUUCCUUGAUUACAUGUCUUCUCGUAAAAUAAAAAUCAAACUAAUGAUCUAUGGGUGAUUUUUAUUUUU